AUGCUUCCAUCUUUCCAUGCCAAGCUCCUCCGGCCCCUGUCCUGGACACGGCGGGCAUCAAAGGUCCAGAUCGCCCGAGGUGGUAAUGUGGGUUGGGUUUCCAAAGCCUGUGCGGCUCCUUAUGUCAGCCUCGCGGCAGUUGCGAGCCGCCGACUCAGGCAGUUGGUGAGACAACGUAAAGCCCGCAGUCGGCUCCGUGCGACUGCAGAUGAAGGAAUUCUCCGGCAGCAGUUGGACCUAACUACCCCGUAUGGCAGUGUGGAAGUGGUGGCACUCAAGCCAGCCGCCGUGUCCGAACGGCGGGUCCCUGCGGUCGUUGUGAACGUGGGGUGCUACUACACCCUUGCCGAGACCUUGGAGAGGGCUGAAGGACCCAGGUACAUCUCCCUGGACUGUGCUUACGUAAUUUGGCGGGCUACUGGACCCAUUGAGGAGGUCGCCGAUUUAGUUUUCCAGAGGUGGCAGGCUGAUGCCGCAGUCGUGUUGGAUUGGCUUGGCCAGCAGACCUGGUGCAAUGGGAGGGUCGGAUGUCAUGGCUACAGCCUCCUUGGAAACACAUCUUAUGCCACACUGGCAGCUUCCCAUGCAAAAGAUGCUCCAAAAGCUCGUCCCCUGGUCUGUGCUGUGGUUCCGGUCAUUUCCUUCUCCCGAAUCCACCCCACGGUCUUCGUGAACGGGCAAAGUCUGGCAGCAGAGCUUGCUUUGCGCUUCAUCUGGCUGGCAGAGGUUGGCUUGCGCCAAGGCCGCCAGAACGGCUUUGGCUUCUUGUGGAACAUGUUCCGAUUCUUCUCCUUAGAGGAUUGGCCCGGUCUGAACCAGGCUCUGGCAAAGCGCCCGGUGAGCGAGGCAGAUGUCGACCUCUGGGGCCGGGCCAAUACCUUGUGGCGUGGUGGUCAGUUUGCACGUAGUGCUGCCGAUUCCUUCUGGGCAGAGGGUCGUGAUGUGCAGUGUCACUUUGCGGACUUUCGUGAGCUGCCACACAUCCACGUCAUGGCGGGAUGGAACGACAUGUUCCUAGCUCAGAGCCUGCAUGACUACCAACUUGCCAGCAAAGCCACGAAUGGCGCGGCGCAGCUGACCAUCUUCACUGGAGGGCACUUCGGUGUGGUGGUGAAUCACGGGCGCAAAGUCGCGGAGGAGACAAGGCAGUGGUACCGUCAAUAUUUGACUGACACGAGCACUGCCACACCGCACGCCGCAGUGCGAAUGCAGUUGAUCCAUGACGAGAAUGGUGAGAAUGGUGAGAAUGAGUCGGAGGAGUGGUUGGAGUGCGACACCUGGCCUCCACCCUCUGAACCGAGGCACUUCUUCUUUCAGGAGAAGGAUUCUGACCUGGGCACCGGCUUGCUAGUAGGCAGCCUCGGAAUCCCAGGAGAUGCCGGAUUGCUGACAUACGUAUAUGAUCCGAAAGAUCCCACGCCCUAUGCUGGCGAUGGUUGGCUGAACCUCCAGAAGGAUGGAGCCCAGGAUCAGAGAUCUUUCGAAAACUCACGGUCACGAGAUGUGCUCGUUCUCACCUCUCCUCCUUUGGAGCAGCCGUUGGAGAUUGUUGGUGAGGUCUCCGCAUCCUUGUACGUAAGUUGCUCCGCCCCGGAGUGUGAUCUGAUCGUGCGGCUGUGUGCUGUCCGGCAGACAUCAAGCGAGUGGGGAUUGGAGUCUGGACUCUUUGAUCGAAUCGUCGACCCGCGUGGCCUGGGGCGUGGCCGUUCCGUGAAUUUGUGCGAAGGCAUCGUGCGCGUGAAGUUUCAGAAGGACUCCGUGGUUCAUGCGCGGAUCCUUGUUGGACCGACAGCCUGCCGUUUCAGCCCCGGCGACUGUGUCCGCCUCCACGUCUGUUCUGCUGCCCACCCGCGGUGGCUACGUCACCCACUUCAAGAUCCUCAAGAGGAUUGGCUUCUCGGAGAAACAAAGGUUGGACCUCCUGCAACUAUAACGGUGUUCGCCAGCCCUGACUAUCCUUCGUGUGUGAGCCUCCCUGUGCGCACAGCGGCGGUGCGAAACUGCACGUCACCAGUGUAG